UAACUUUGUAAGCGGUCGUAUUUUAAAAAAUUGGCGCUAAACUCAAAAUGGCGGCGACCUUAGAGCAAAUGGCGGAAAUUUUCUCUUCAAAAAUCUCCAGUUUAAAGCGAUGCAUGGAAUUAAGAGGCGCAGGUAAGAUAAAAAAAACCAAAGGUAGCAUUUAAAUAUGAUUUAUAUUGAAAUCCAUCGUUAAGCAAAAUGUGAUGUGCAGAUUUUGUAUCAUGGUUGAUCGUUGAUGUCUUAAGGCUUCGAAAGUACAAAGUAAAGCCGUUCAAUCGUUGUCAAAAUCAUUUACCGAAAGUCAAAGACCAAUCAGCCAUUUUUUAUUCCAUACCGUGCACCAUGCAUUUUUACUUUUGUGAUUUUAGGUUUGAUGUGCCAGAAAGUGCAAUAUUGCAGAGCUCUUUGGUUUAUUGAUCAAGCUAAGAAGUGUAAACUAUUUGCGGGACCCUUUGAAAGAUACAGGGUCUGAAAGGGGAGCGGGGUUAAGGGGGGUUGUAUAUAAGGGGAGCUGGUGCGGGGUGCGGGGGGGUGUUGUCCUGAUCCCGUAUUUCCGCUCAUUUUUCACGAGAAUCCCCCAUUCUGUACUUUUUUUAUCCGAAUAACUUUCAACCAAUCGUCGUUAAACAGGCUCUUGGGUAUCAAAUUAAUUAUCUUAAGGAUAUAUGUUGUUUUAAAUUUAACAAUCAAGGCUUGGGAAAUGAAUGGUUCAGCUCUUUUUAUACCAAAUAUGAAAUUACCAGUACCUGGUGCUUGUGCUUCCGACAACAUCUCAGUUACAUAAAUCAUUGUUUACUAUGUCAUUUGCUUCAAUUAUUAUCAGCAACUUCUGCCAACUGUGAUUCUGUGUUGAGGUCACUGGACAAAGAAUUGCUAGAGAUAGAAUCUUCUCUAAGUAGCUUUCAAGCACAUUUGGAAAAGGAAAAGAAGUUAUUGGAGCAAGGAGAGGUAACUCAUAACUUCUGUACUACUACAAGAAACUGCUGGUUAGAUGUGGACUGAAACAAUCAAGAAACCCUUUUAUCAAGGACCAUGUGUACCUCUGGACAUGUGUGUACAUUAUUUCAUUUUGUGCCUUAUAUCUCCCAAUAUUUAUUUGAUGAUCAUAAAAUAUUUAAUUUCUGAAAUGUGGUUAUAAUUAUAUUUAUGAUGAUUCUAACAUUCUUUUGAUACAUGUAUUUGUUUUAACUUCAAUAAAGGUUAUGCAAGAUGUUGCAAAAAAAUUUAAAGAAAGACUUGAACACAUUACAUCCAACCUCCCAUCACAUCUCCCUGGAGUUGAAAAGAUAUCACAAAGGUAAAACAAUUGAGUCACUGAAUGAAAAGGUGCAUAUUAACUAAGAGCCUCUCUUUAUAGUUAAAGGAGUCACUUAUCACAUGGCAAGCUUCUUGAGUGCACUUACUCUCCCACUGCAUUGAGAGGUUAAUUUGCUAAAUAUUGAUACAUGUAUUUUUUGCUCCAGAGCAAAAGAAGUUGACAGGGCUCAAUUGAUCACAAAGAAUUUGGUAGAAUUUCUGACAUUCUGUAAACAUUACAGCUUUUGGGAACUAAAAUAUGGUUUAUCACUGUUACACUGUACCAAUGAAAGUGUUCUUUCAAAACCAUAAGACAAAUAAGAACUUUCUUGCCAUAUCAAUUUCAUAUCCUUAAACAUAUGAUGAAAUCACAUUAAAUUUGAUAUUUGUUUCUCUUUCAAAAACUGCAAAUGAAUCAUCUACAUCAGUAGUAAGAUAACAAUCUUUUCCAUUUUGUCUCAAUAGCAUUUUUCAAGACAGUUUCAAAGUAAAUUUGAAGUAAAACAGCACUAUUCCUAGAGCCUACCUAUUCCAUCUAUGAUAACACUAAACCAAAACAAAAACCUAAAAUACAUCUUCACAUGGUCACUGAUAUUUUUAAGCAAAAUUUUAUUUUUUGUCCCAACUGUGAUCAUUUAGAGUUGUUUUGAAAGAGGAAGUUACAACAGAGAAUGUGAAAAAGCCAAGAAAGACCCGCAGAGCUAAAGAUCUAUCAAGCGAGGAUGGAUUCGAGUUUCCCAAGUUAGCAUAUCUCACAGUUGAAGAGUUUGAUCAAAUACCAAAGUAAGAAUUUAACCCAGAGACAAGUAAUUUAAACAACCCCUACAUCUCAAUAAUUGAGAUUAUAGACUUCUUCCAGUUUCCUGUACUUAGAUUUAUCUAAUCAAGGAGAAAAGAUAUUUGUACCCCUUCUUGCAUUAGAAUGUUCCUUUUUGUAACUGUCUGGCUGAAGUACAGGACUGUGGCAGGGUUUUUUAUAACUAUAUUUGUUGAUAUAAUAGCAGCUUUUACUUGAUUUGUUCCAAAGCUCAUUUCACUAUUGUUAUUUUUUUAUUUUGCUUUGUUUUGUGUUGUUCUCAUAGACCCUUUUUAAAUAACCUACUCUCACAUACCUUACUCAGGUACAUCAAGGGACGUACCUCCUAUGACCAAGUCAACAAUGCCAUUGAUGAAAUCCAUAAAGUCAUCACAGCAAAAUACAAGGUAGAAGAGCCGUAUGUUGUUCAGCAGAGUCCACUGGCCAUGGCCAACUAACUUCUAACUUUGGAACACCUGUAGUACAAUGCUUUUACAGUUUCAAAGCUUUUGAAAACCUGAAGCCAGUUAUGAAAAAAUACAAGGUAGAUCAGAGCCGUAUGUUGUUCAGCAGAGUCCACUGGCCAUGGCCAACUAACUUCUAACUUUGGAACACCUGUAGUACAUUGCUUUUACAGUUUCAAAGCUUUUGAAAACCUGAAAACUUUAGACAUUCGAGCUUUCAAGAACCAUUUGUUUGCUUUGCUUGUCAUGACGUGAAAACAUGAUAAACUGAACUUACUUGGUUUUCUUUCAGUCCUAUUAUUAUGUGGCUGCAGUCUUUUGAAAUUUGUCAGUGGUUUAACACAUAUUUUGAAAACUGCAGCCACACUGGUCAUCUGUUGAGAAGGAUAUACCAUACUUGCUUUCUGAAUUUAUUUGAAAGUACUGUUUUAAUUAUAAAUAUGAUAUCUUAAAGUCUCAGCAGAUAUGCUUGGUUCCCAAGUUGCACAUCUUGGGUAUUUCCUGUCUUCAGUAAUGCAAUUAGCACUUCUUUUAUAAAUUACUGACAUGUAUCUAUUUAUGUAUUUAAGGCUUUUAAAGAGGCUGAGAUACCAGACAUAGAGGGUAAGUGACCUAGACUGGCCUUAAAAUACACAUGAAACAUGGACAGUGUGUGUCCUUAGUAGAAAAAAAGCUUUUGCCUGUAUGUAUGUGUGAUGACUGACACAUAUCCAAAUAUGAUUAUUGCCAUGUGCUGGUGUUAUUGCUUGAUCAUGGUGAAAACAUGAUUUCAUGUGAGUGAAUCCUUUUGAAAGAAAGCCUAUUGGCCUAAUAAAUUCUUACACAACCUUACACUGUAGACUGAGGUACAUGCAGUCAAUGAGAAUAACUUCCAACUGAGUCUCAAAAGUAAUCCAGAAACCUGAGACUCUUUAAUUUUUCUCCCCUUUCCCAUUCCAUCAUGACCCCAAAUUUCAGCUGCAUUGGUUUUGUUCUUCAACAGGAGAGUAUUUUUUCAUUGAUGAUGAUCUUAAGACAUACUCACAAAUGAAGAUGGACUCCACUGGAAGGGCAAUUCUUACCAUGUUAAGACAUUGUGGCCGGCUCAGGGAAGUACGAGGAAAAAAACUGCUCAGAUAUGUUCUUAAACUGUGAAUGCUCACACUGAGCAAUUGAAACAUUUACUCCAUGUCAUGAUUAGUUAUGGCAUUGUAUAAGGCAAAGAGGUGCCUACAUUUUUCAGUCCAACAGUAACUUUACUUUUAUUCCCUUUACAGUGCAUAUCUUGAUCAUAUCUAAUAAACCUUUUUAAAUUACUCUUUACUUUCCUAUUGGCUUUGUUCUCUAGCACCUACAUAUAGAACUUGAUUCUCUGUAAAAGUAUGAAAUAAAUACAAAGAUACAGAUAGUUCUUUGCUGGUUGUAAAAGUGAGUGCACUGAAACUAUUCUUUACAAAAUAUUGAAAAAAAAUUUGUCAAAUAAGACGAGUUUUUGUGAUAUCCAACCAAGAAGAGUUUAAAAUCUACUGUAAGUUGAAGUCUUAAAAGUUGAUGACAAAAAAGAAAAAAAAACUGGGUUGAAUCUAGUAAUUUUAGAACCUGAUACUUAGAAUGUUUAUCUGCUUUGUUUUAAUUUGUUCAUAACUUCAAAAAACCAGAUGUGCAUCAGUUGCAUCUACAUGUAAAGAGUGGAGACUUCACAUGAUUGAUUUAACUCUCAAGUCGCCCGCAAAAUCGACUUUUUCCUAAAUUAGUGUCUUUUAUUUCUUUGACUUCUCUUAAUUACAAGUAGUUUAAAAAUUCUAUCUAUCAUUAUCUAUUGUCGAUUUCAUUGGAAAAAGCCAGGGUCUGGGAAUUUUUCAUUUUUUUGUUCACUAUUGUUUGUUCCUGUCGUAGUCUGAGUAUUGUUCUUCGUCCUAUUUAGCUCCGUGAUCCAUAUGAAGCUAAAUCGUUUUCGUUAUCUUUUGCUAGAUUAUUGUCCCUUAGUUUGGAUUUCUUUGAAUCCUGUUUUUGUGAAGUUAUAGGUUGUUAGUGAUGUAUUUGUCAUAAAUUAUAAUACUAACUUAUAACUAGUGGUUUACCAACUUGUCAUUUUCGUAUUUUGUUAUGUCAUGUUAAUAACAUCGUUGUGGACUGGAACUCAACUUCUCUGUUAAGAUUCUUCUUGGUUACCUGUUCAUUUUUUGUCGUAGGUCCUGUGCAUACAUUUCGGUAAUACUAUAUGUUUUACAUUACCUGGUAUUAUGAGCAUUAUUUUCCUUACUUUUCUUACUUUGAGAACAAAAGUUUGAAUUAAAAGUAGUAACGAAUCAGUUGUUACAUGUUACAUGUUAAUAUGUUGGUAAAUUACAGAAGGCGGUAUAGUAUGUUGUUUGAAUCAAGCAAAUUUUCGUUUUUCUUGGUUAUACAUUUAUUAGCUGUCGUCGAAACUAACUUGAAGAAAACACGUCGUCUGAAUGCGUUAAAUAAUACAGACAAGGAUAACACCAGCUUACCGAUUAAUAACUAUCAAGUUAAUGGGUUAGUUUUUUUAGUUGUAAAUCUACGUUCUCGUCUUCGUUGUUCUUGGUUACACAUUUAUUAGCUGUCGUCGAAACUAACUUGAAGAAAACACGUCGUCUGAAUGCGUUAAAUAAUACAGACAAGGAUAACACCAGCUUACCGAUUAAUAACUAUCAAGUUAAUGGGUUAGUUUUUUAAGUUGUAAAUCUACGUUCUCGUCAAGCUUUCGUUCUCUAUUUUUAAGAACCCUAAUUUUUUUACUAAUUCAACCUUGUUAGUUUUAAGAGGCACUGAAUUUUUGUUAUUGACUCCAUGAUAAAAAUUUUAACCGGUGUGCUCCUUUGAGUUCGUUUUUUAGUAGUAUUAAUAUUGUUGCAUCGUGAGCUAGUAGAAAACAUGAUUGAAAUUAGGAAUCUUUAAUGAUGGCAAAUAAACAUAUUAUGAUUUUUAAACAGUCUCUUUGACUCGUUAUUAGAUUCUUGUCUUGGUUAAAUACAUGGAUUCAAAAUUAAUCGCGGCGUGGUAAGCAGUAGCUGCUUUUUAGUCGUUUUGAGUUAAGGUCGCCGAUAUUAACCGAAUUAGUUUCUUGUUAUUCCGUUAUGCUGUUUAGUUAAAAUGUGGUAGCUGACGUUUUGUUAGUUGUGAUUUGUUUUCCAGAUCGUAAUGAAAUGCAGAUUAGCUCGUUAAAGUAAUUAAAAUCUUUAGCUGGCUUGGCCAGGGGUUCAAGUUCAGGGUUACACGCAGUUAUAACAGCUAAUGCUCGCUGCUGUUAUUUCGUAUUUAACCUGUCUGUGUCUUUUUGUCUGUUUGUCUGUGCGUCUGUCUACUUUCUGAUCAUGACUGUCCCUCUGUCCGCAUAAAGUUUAUCGCCAAACUUCGGCGUAUAUUUCAGGGCUAGCAUAACUUUUUGUGAGAUCGGCUGAUACUGUUUCAAGAAACAGUAAAGUGUGACGAUCACAGAAGAAUGAAACGUCUAAACUGCUUC